AUGGAUAAAGGGAAAAGUGUUCUUCCUAACGAACUAACUUUGCUUGAGAAAAAAGAUCAAGAAAUUAGGCGUCUUCAGAAAGUUCUCGUCACCGCUACCAGACAAUUUUAUGCUAUCCAAAAUGAUGCAAUUAGAAGUUUUACUGAGGCAAUUCGUUAUAAUGAAAAUAUUCUCUAUAAUGUUGUAUCUAAUCAUGAUCACACUUCUGCUCGUGAAAGUAAUGGUUAUGCUUCCUUGAGGAAUCAAUUGAUCGCCUCUCAAGCUAUACUUGCGGAUGCCAGAGAUGCAAUUUUGAACUAUCAACAAAUUGAUGAUGAUUUAUUUGUUGGUGAUGACGAUAAAGAUUCUACGAAAAGCAUCUCUACAUCUAAUAUUAGGGAUUCUGUUAAUAAUUUUAAGAUUGUGGAACCUCCUAAACCUCCGGCUCCUUCUCAAGCUUUCGUCGAUUCUUUAAAAGAGCUUUCGGAAAAACUUUGUAGACAUCAGGUCGAUACGCAUCAGACUGGUACAAAGGAGCGAGAUACCAAUGAAAUCUUUGGUGGAUCAAAAUGGGGUGAUAAAUUACAAGAAAAUCUUUGUGUUGGUAAAUCGAUCCCUCAAGAACCUAAACACGGUACUCCCCAUAUCAAAAUUCCUGCAGUUUAUAUCGGGGUGUUUAAAAUAGAUAUUCCACCUGCUGUCAUUAAGAAAUCAUUGAGUGAUAUGUUUGGUGAAGUGAUCGCUGUUGCUAAAUAUCGUCAUAGAGAUCACGCUUUUGCUUAUUUUUCUGAAUGGGAAUCUUACAAUGAAGCUUUGAAUCAAGGUGGAAUAGUCAUUUCUGGCCAGAUGCUAUCCAUUCGAAAAUCCGAUCACGCACCUAGACCUGGGUCUUUCGAUUGGUAUAGAUUUCGUAGUGCUUAUAUGAAU